CAUACACGUAUGAGGAUUGUCACAGUCAGACAAGACAGCAGUUUUAAAAAGCAGCACCAGCAUCAUCAUCCGCAGAUAGCUAGCAAGCUAAGCAGUGCUGUUGACAUAGAAGCAAAUAACCGUUGAGUCUGUAAUUAGCUGUCAAAUGUCUGAUAGCCCCGUUGUCUCAGGCAGCAAUUCGGACCUACAGAACUAGGUUUGCUAGCUAACAUUAACAUAACAUCGCUUGCAAAGAUCAACUAUAAACUGUAGCCUAGCUAGCUAGCUAGCGUUAGCUGGACGGAUUCUGGUUGGACAGGUUCAUAAACAAGCAUACGUUAGCUUGUUAGACUGAUUUGUUGUCUUAUUAUGUCAUGCAAUGACAUGAAAAAGAGACUCAUGUGACCAAGGACCAGUGUCUGCGGCACAUGAUCCGGGCUGGCUGAGACGGGAGGAGGCUUCAAUCAUUCACUUAAAAGGAGUUGUUGUAUAACCAUGGCAGGCAAGUCCUCCCUGCUGAAAGUCAUCCUUUUGGGAGAUGGAGGUGUGGGGAAGAGCUCCCUCAUGAACCGCUAUGUCACCAACAAGUUUGACACGCACCUCUUUCACACGAUCGGCGUGGAGUUCCUCAACAAGGACCUGGAGGUAGAUGGGCACCUAGUCACCUUGCAGAUCUGGGACACUGCGGGCCAGGAGCGUUUCCGCAGCCUGAGGACUCCUUUCUACCGCGGCUCCGACUGCUGCCUGCUCACCUUCAGCGUUGACGACAACCAGAGCUUCCUGAACCUGGCCAACUGGAAGAAGGAGUUUAUCUACUACGCGGACGUCAAGGAGCCGGAGAAGUUUCCGUUCGUGGUGUUGGGGAACAAGGUGGAUGUUACGGAGAGGCAGGUGUCCGCUGAGGAUGCCCAGCAGUGGUGUCGUGAGAGCGGCAACUAUCCGUACUACGAGACCAGUGCCAAGAACUCCACCAACGUGGCGGUGGCGUUUGAGGAGGCCGUGCGGAGGGUCCUGGCCAUGGAGGAGAGGACGGACCACCUCAUCCCUACAGACACGGUGAACCUCCGCAGGAAGCCGCGCUCGAGUGCCUCCUGCUGUUGAUGACGCCUGGAGUUGACGUCACUGAGGUUCGAGCUCAUCAGCGCUCUCCAAAGCCCAAGUCUAGUUCUUCUUGUUAUACACCUUCACUCUGGAGUGCCUAACUCCACUGUUGAGAUGAGCUUGAGGUUUUCUCCUGUUACUUAAAAAAUCUCAUUUAAAUGUGUCCUUAAUAAGGAGAUUAUAAGUGUUCACAUUGGGAUUAUGAGAAGAAGAAUUAGGCCUUGGUGUUAGGUUGUUGCUUUCUCAUCGAAGUUGAAAAAACAGGUAUUGUCGGAAGAUGAUAUUCUAGAGAGAUUUAGCCUACUUGUCAAAGCUCUGAUGUCUGGAAACACGUUGAUAUUUCAACACCUGUGAUCACUGAACGAUACUAGCUGUCUAAAAUGCAUCAUCAAAGUUAUUAAUAUAACUUGGUGGCCACAAUAUUUGAAUGAGGUUUCACUUCUUGUUGGUUUUUCAACCUUCAAAAGUUGCAUGGUGACUAACUAAUCAAAGGUUGAGAAGAACUGCACCUGCUUUGCUUAUUUCAAAUAUGCUUGUUAUUUUGCUGGUUGAGCUUUGCUUUAAUUUUGUGGGUAUCUGCAAUGUGAAGAUGCUGUUGCUUAGUCGGUGCAUGGACAUCCAUGCCUGGACUUUGUUAGGGACCUGGAAUGGAUGACAGCAUGCAACACAGUAUGCAUCAUUUGUUGUUGACAGAAAUAUUUGCCACCAUUCCUGAUUUAUUUUCUGAAGAAGAGGGUUCCUUUUUGUGGAAAUAUGGAGGUUUCUCUCAUUGUGACAAAUGGUCUCUGAUCCCGGGUUGAGAUGAGAUGAAAAUGUCAGUCACAUGAUGACAUACUUUUCUGCUGAGUCACUUUUUUUGCAACCAGCCUUCAAGUGUGAUACUGUAAUAUACUGUUAUGAGAGUUGCUAAUUUAAAAGGUGCCUAAUAUUAAAUAUUAUUUACAGAAAUGCUGUCAUUAUUUUAUUUUCUGAGAUUUAAACAUUUAUUAUUAUGAUGAAAGAUGUGGAAGUUUGAGUGUUUUCUUGAAUUUUACCUGCACUUUCUUGACCUUAUAAUGGCUGUUUAAAAACAUUACAUGGAUUGUGUUCUCAUCAUCUAACAAACACACUGGAAGAUAAGUUAAUAUAAACUACAGUUAUCUCUCACUAACACUAACUUUCUAAAAAGUUCUAUUAAUACAUCAAUAUUUGAAUGAUUUCUUGAGUUAUUACAUUUUCAGAUAGAGGAUAAAUGCACAACAUCCUUUGAUCUAGUGGUAGAGAAGUGACUUGCCCAGAAAGCCCAGUGUUUCUGUCACAAUUUAAAAUAUUCUCUCCUCCCUGCCAAACUUGUGAUUCCAAUGACUUGUUGAAAAGCUACGGCAGAUAGUUUUUUAUUUUUUGUUACUUAUUUUCCAUAUUGUAUACAACAUUUAGCACUUAGACAAAUGGUAUGCAUAUUUACAACUACAAUAAAUUAUGCGUAAAUUA